UUUUAUUCCCAAUAUAUUAAAAGGUAAAACUAAGAGUGAGAAACACUGUAAUUACUCCUUAGACCAAUCAAUACCCUAUUUUCUACUGCUUUUCAGUUAAGCUGUUUGCAAAAUGAUGCACACUGGACAACUAUCUUUGGACUGUAAGUAAAAAGCUUGUGUCCUUACAGCAGCCCAACAUCCCCUAAGCCUUUGAAUCCAGUGGUAUGUUUUAUUUGCAUUUUUAUUUAGUCUCUCCAGCCAUUUAGUCUUUGAAAAGGUGCAGUAUAAGUUAUCCUGUAGAGGGAGGGAGGAAGUAUUGAACUGAGGCUGUGAUCUAAUUGGAAAUGACCACUGAAUGACGGUCAACUACUUGACCUGACCUUGUGUCAGGGCCCAUGUGUAUUUUGGCAGGUGGUUGUGGGAUAAAAACCUGACGUGUCACUGAUAACAAGUGUCUGCAUGUGCCACGUUGCCAAACAGUCAGCAGAGUUGUUGAGUCAAACCCUCAUUCAUUUCUUUUGGAGAAGAAACAGCUGGUGACACCCGAUCUGAGCCAUGUCUGGACUGAACGCAUCUCUCGGAUACUUCCUGGCUGCUGUCAUUUUUGCAGCCUCGGUUCGGACUCUCCUUAAAAAAUGGCCACGGUUUGGAUUCAUUUUGGAGUUUGCAUCCUCUUUCAUGCUGGUGGCGUGUUGGCUGGAGGUGCAGACCAUUGUGGAGGUGGGUGAGUGGGCCGGGGGCUUGGGGCCUGAUGUGACUUUAACCAUACUGUUUGUGGUGCUGCUGACCCACGGCGUGAUCUGCGGUGCUGCAUCAGGGAAUCCCACCCUGGUUGUGCUGAAGUUCCUGCAGCUGGAGGCCAACACCCUGCCCACUCUCCUUGCUGUUGCGGCCCAGUUUCUGGGGGCCCACCUUGCCCUUCUUGCAGCUGUGUACUACUGGAGUCUGGAGCUGACCGACAUGCACAUGAUCAAAAAUCUGAUGGUGAGAGAGUGCAGCACAUCUCUGCUGGUGUCUGUGCUUCAGGGUUUUUUCACCGAGUGUGUCUGCACGCUCAUCUUUCAUCUCAUCCAUCUGAACCUGCGGCGCAGAUCGGCUCUGAUCCGGGUGCCCCUGAUCGCCGUCCUCCUCACUUUCCUGUCCCAUACAGCCCGAGGCUACACCUCAGCUUACAUGAAUCCCUCCUUGUCCUAUGGCCUCACCUUCCACUGUCCUGGAUUUACCCUGACUCAGUACGCAGUAGUCUACUGGCUGGGCCCUCUCACUGGCAUGACUCUGGCUCUGCUCUUGUACAUGGGCCAUGUACCGAGGAUCUUUGCGAAGAACCUACUGUAUCUUCAGAAGACACGUUUCCGAGUGCCAAAGGGAGAGAAAGGAGAAAAGAAGAAAUAGAGAAACUCCAUG